AUGAGAAUCCAUGGAUUUUCAAAUAGUAUUGAACUAUCAAUUGUGGCUACAAGCGUCCUACAAUUUGCCUUGACUGCAAAAGCCCAAGAUUAUUCCUGUGAUUUGCAACAAGACAAUUGUCCCACCAAAGAAGAUGAGGUUUGUGAUCAGAAUAGCAGUUGUGGGGCUUUUUCAGACUGUUAUGACUGUAAUAUAGAGACGUGUCAUCAAUUGUCGUUUGAUUGCGAAGGCUGCCUUAAUGCUGAGGGCUGCUAUUGGUGUCCUGGUGAUGCUCAAUGUUACAAUUCGGAUUCUUACGGAACCUACCCUCCUGAUUACAUUUCUCUCGCGGGAAAGCAGCAUCGCAUGAAAAAAAUGGAUCGGGUUACAGAAUGUCCAUUGCCUGAAGACUUUUUUUCGGGACAGACUUCGGAAGUCUCCAUGUGUCAGAAGAGUGUCAAUGAACAAUUCAGAGAUCCAUUGUAUGACUCUGGACACUGGGCCUAUAAAAUGAUUAAUGUCUUGCCAGUCUGGGAACAGGGAUAUACUGGAAAGGGUGUCCGAGUACGAGUCAACGAUGACGGCGUCGACGCAGAUCAUGUCGAAAUUUCUGACAAAUACGAUGACGAAGGAUCAUGUACCAUUGCAGGCGCUUCCAAUCGAUGGUACGAUGCUUCUCAUGGAACAAAGGUAGCAUCUACUAUUGCUGGAUCUGCCAACAAUGGAGCCUGUUCCAUGGGAAUCGCACAUCAAGCGACAAUUUCUUCUUGCAACCUGUUUGAGUACAUUGAAGGUUCACCAGAGGUCCUGGUGGAGAAGCUGGAUUAUUUUGAUAUUUCCAACAACUCGUGGCAAAAUACUGUGUGUCACCCCAACGAUUUGUCGGGGCGAAAGCUUGCGCAACUUUUUCAAGGUCAAUGUCCAUUUCAAUCAACAGCAUCUUCGAACCCUUGUGAGAUUUGCGAUUUUGAAUUCUCGUUGUCGGUUGAUUGUGAGAAUGCUAUCUACAAACAUUGUGGAGCUUCAUACACUUAUCAAGAGGAUAGUCUGGCUUGCAAUGAAUACUCUCACAUUCUGAUCGACAGCUGUCAAUAUCAAAUCUUUCGCGACUUUCAAGUUAAUGAAGUGGAAAAGGGUGUUCAAUUUGGUCGAGAAGGAAAGGGUGCCAUUUAUGUGGUGGCAGCGGGCAACUACUAUAAUUUGGGCGUUGACGUCAACAUGGAUCGCAUCACCAAUACCCGCUAUACGAUUGCAGUCGGCGCUGUAGACAAGAACGAAAAUCACGCAAGCUACUCGAAUCCUGGAGCGGCUUUGUUUGUAACAGCACCAGGAGGCGACGUAGAGUCGAGAAUGAACCUUCCAGCGGCCAAGGUCGGAGGCGGAUGUACGGAUUCCAGUCACGGAACCUCCUUCGCAGCGCCCGUUGUUACCGGUGUGAUUGCAUUGAUUUUGGAAGCCAAUCCUACUUUGACAUGGCGAGAUGUCCAGCGGAUCAUUGCUUCCACCUCACGCAUGGUGGAGGAUGACAAUGACGAUACUCGAAUGGUGAAUGAUGCAGGUUAUCAGCAUUCCAACUUGUAUGGAUUUGGAAUCAUUGAUGCAGAGAAGGCUGUUAGCGCCGCUCUAAUGUGGAAGAACUUGCCACCGGAAGGAACGUUCAUAUGGCAGUCGGGAAAGCUGAAUUUGCCAAUUAUUGAUGAUCCAAACGAUACCCUGGAACUCCAAGCUACGUUGUAUCGAAGUGACGUUACCAUUGAAUCUAUUACGGUUGAGCUUGAUCUUGAACAUAUUUCGCGAGGGGAUUUGGACGUCACAUUGACAUCUCCAUCGGGAGUUGUUUCUAAGCUUCAUCAAGGAGGGCAACAGGAACAAUUGAGUAUUGGGACUGGCAACGGUUGGCAACUGAUGACCUUGAAGAAUCUGGGAGAAACAGCUACUGGAACCUGGACGUUGUCAAUACGCGACACAAAGGCGGGAAGUCUAGGAGAGUGCUCAGAUAUGCACUACCUGAUUUCUGAUUUUGCAUUUGUGGGAUGCCGAGCAUUGGCCAUUUCCGCAUGUCGAAAUGGGGAAAUGAACCAAAAUUAUUGGAAUCGCUUGUCCUUUGAUCACCCUCUUCGUUUGGCCAGAGACCCCCAGACGGGAUUGACCUUCGAGGAGUCUUGUUGUGCGUGUGGAGGAGGUAGACGGGCCGACAAUGGCCCAAACGCGCUACGGAGUUGGAAGCUUGUUAUAGCUGGCCAUGGUGAUGGUUCUUCUAGUGUUUCGUUGAUGAGAGGGGGGAUAUGGUUGUUUGCGAUUUCGAUGGUUGUUCCUUUGAUAUUUGCUUUGGGUUGA